AUGGCUGCUCGUUUUAUAUGGUAUUGGAAAGCGAAUUCGCAUCCAUGGUCAACAUCAGAAACAGCCAAGUGGGAUACGUAUUCAGACAUUGAAAAUGAAAUUAUAGAAGAUGCUUACGCGAAAAAACUUGAGACAGUUGAGUUAGAUGAUUAUAUUAUUGACUUGAAAAACAAUAUUCAGAAAAGCAAAACCGACGAGAUGAACCAACGACCAAUAAAACGCAUGCAAGAUAAUGUUUAUGGAUCGGAGUUACUUCGACGCGACCGAUUUUUUCUGCCACCUCAGCCAGCAGAUAUUCCAUCGUUUCUAUCUCAUAGCGCCCCUAUGGGUUACUAUUCGAAAUUUCUCGAAUGUUGGAAAAAGGAUGUUGAUCAUAAAGUGUAUAAGAUGAAUCUCGCAACUAACGAGUUUGAAAAUGCACUGCAAAUCGCUGUUGAUGCUGCAACGGGCAUCAUUGAAGAAGGAACAAAAUUGGGAAAACGAUGUGAAGCUAUAUGGAUUGCCGAUAGCCUCAAAAGUAUGAAAGAGAAAUCAAAAGCUGAAAUUUGUAAACAUUGCGCUUGGCUUUAUACGAGGGAAUGCUUCCUGUACAAACUUUUGAAUAAAUGUUUAAGAGAAAGUGAUCUAAGCAAACUCAGAACACUUGGCCCAUUUUCUUAUCUCUUGGAUCAAUAUCUCAAAUCAGAAAGUGAAAGUCGUUAUAAACAUCGAGGACUCAAUGGUACAGUCUAUAGAGGUGCCGAUCUAACGCCUGAUAUGAUCAAAUGUUAUGAGCACAACAAGUCGAAUUUUGGUCAUUGGCCUGCAUUUACAUCAACAACGAAAAAUCGUUCGAAGGCAGAAGCAUUUGGAAACGUACUGUUUAUCAUUGAUUUGUCUAAUAUGCCAGUGGCGGCCGACGUGUCAUCUAUCUCGGCAUAUACGGAUGAAGAAGAAGUUUUACUAUCAGUUAGAACAUCUUUCUUUAUAAGAAAUGUUGAAAAGACUACUAAUGGCAAGACAUUAAUAGAUUUACUUUGCGUGAUUAGUGAGAGUUAA